UCAACCUUCGUGUGCCAUGCAAUCAGCGCAGAUUAAUAAUUCUACAGCGAAUCUCACCCACAGUGGCCUUGUGGUCCAGCAUCCAAUAGGAAACGUGCUCAUUCUCAGCCAGACCUAACAGCUUGGAACGAGUCUACAGGGGAUGCUGCGACUGUAAUCCGGUAGCCGGUACGGCAUGACCCUGCGCGCCGCGGGAAACUGUCAUGCUGUGUGGAGCUCGUUAUUAUUGGCAUCGAUGGGAUACGCAGCACGGUGCCUGCCAUUUCCUGGGGUAAAGUCAAAAUGUAUAUAACAAGCCAAUCGCGCCUUCACGGGUAGUACCUUGUGGCCGUGGUCUGCUUCCCUUGGUCUUCCACUCCUUCCAGUCUGAACCUGCUCGCCGGGCUUGAAAGAUGAAGGGCUCAACCGUCUUCAAGGCGGCUUCGCUGCUUUCCCCCCUCUAUGCCUCCGUUGCUCAGGCACAAGGAAAGUUCACACACGAAAAGACCGGCAUUGAAUUCUGGCGUCAAGUAGUUGACGACUCUCAAACGGCCGGUGGCUUCGAGUGGGGUUUUGCGCUGCCAGGAGCCCCGACAGGUAACAAUGACGAGUACAUCGGUUACAUCCGCGGUUCUCUGCAGUCUGGCCGAAAGGGAUGGUCAGGCGUCAGUCACGGUGGAGGUAUGCCCAACUCCCUCCUCCUUGUAGCUUGGCCGGACGGCGAUGCGGUUAAGACGAGAUUCGUCUACGCAGGAGGAUAUGUUGCUCCAGAGGACUAUACCGGAGAUGCGACAAUCACCCAAAUCUCCCACUCCGUCAGCGACGACCACUUCGAGUUGGUCUACCACUGCCAAAAGUGUUGGGUCUGGAACCAAAAGGGUGCUGAGGGCGAGCAGCGUCCCACGGCUGACCGUGAGGUUCUGGUAAUCGGAUGGGCUCAACACAAGGACGUCCCAGGCACCACGUGGACCUUCCACAACAACGGGCAGUCGCAGUUCGGCGCCCCUGUUGCAGAUGCCAGGAACUCCAAGUAUGACCAGUGGAAGGGUACUCCCACUCCUACUCCCACCGGCAGCCCCAGCAGCACGUCUUCUGCUCCCGCUGGCCCUACCUCCUGUGUCGGAACCCCGGCCCCCACCGGUUCUUUCGAUUACAUCGUCAUCGGUGCCGGUGCUGCUGGUAUUCCCGUCGCAGACAAGCUCUCCGAAUCUGGAAAGAGUGUCCUCCUCAUCGAGAAGGGCCCGCCCUCCCUUGGACGCUUCGGCGGCACCAUGAAGCCUGACUGGCUUCAGGGAACCAACCUCACUCGCUUUGAUGUGCCGGGCCUUUGCAACCAGAUCUGGGUCGACUCGGCUGGAAUUGCCUGCACCGAUAUCGACCAGAUGGCCGGAUGCGUUCUCGGUGGCGGUUCUGCCGUCAAUGCUGCACUCUGGUGGAAGCCGGUGCCGGUCGAUUGGGACUACAAUUUCCCCGCUGGCUGGAAGUCGAAGGAUGUCAAACCCGCUAUCGACCGCGUCUUCAAGCGUAUUCCCGGCACUGACACUCCAUCCGUCGACGGGAAGCGGUACAAGCAGGAAGGUUUCGAGGUCCUGUCCAAGGCCCUCUCAGCCGAUGGCUGGAAGCAGGUCACUGCUAACAACGCUCCCGAAAAGAAGGACAGGGCCUAUGCCCACUCUCCCUUCAUGUACGUGAACGGACAGAGGCAGGGUCCUCUCGGCUCUUACCUCGUCUCUGCCCUCCAGAGGAAGAACUUCAAGCUGUGGAUGAACACUGCCGUCAGGCGUGUCGUUCGCACUGGUGGCAAGGCUACGGGUGUUGAACUCGAUGGUGGCAACGGCGGCUACUGCGGCACCGUCAACCUGAACCCCGGAGGCCGCGUUAUUCUCUCUUCCGGUACCUUCGGUUCGGCCAAGCUGCUCUUCCGCAGCGGUAUCGGCCCCAAGGACCAGUUGAACAUUGUGAAGAACAGCGCUCAAGAUGGCCCAAGCUUCAUCAAGGAGUCUGAGUGGAUCAACCUGCCCGUUGGCCAGAAUCUCAAUGACCACGUCAACACCGAUCUCGUCGUCAGGCACCCGAACGUCUCUUUCUACGACUUUUACAAGGCGUGGACUGAUCCCAUCCCCGCGGACAAGGACCUGUACCUGAACAAGCGCUCCGGUAUCCUCGCUCAGUCGGCCCCCAACAUCGGCCCUAUUGCUUGGGAAGUCGUCAAGGGGUCCGAUGGCAUCGAUCGUUCCAUUCAAUGGACUGCCCGUGUCGAGCCCUCUCCCCCUGCUACCGACAACACCUCGAUGACCAUCAGCCAGUACCUUGGCCGUGGCUCCACCUCCCGCGGCACUCUCUCCAUCAACGGAGCUCUGAGCAUGUACGUCUCCAAGGCUCCUUACCUCCAGACCAAGGAGGACCUCGAGGUUGUCAUCAAGAGCAUCAAGAACAUGCAGAAGGCCAUCGCCAAGGUUCCCGAGAUUGUCUUCGAGGUUCCCUCUCCCAACGUCACCGUUGAGGCCUACGUCGCCAGCCUGCCCCUCACCCCUGCUGCCCGCCGUGCCAACCACUGGAUUGGCACCGCUAAGAUUGGAACCGACAGCGGCCUUAAAGGCGGUACUUCCGUCGUCGAUACCAACACCCAGGUCUACGGCACAGACAACAUCCACGUCGUAGAUGCUUCCAUCUUCCCCGGCCACAUCGUCACCAACCCGACCUCGUACAUUGUCACCGUCGCCGAGCACGCCGCGGCCAAGAUCCUGGCCCUCGGAAAAGCGAAGUCAGCAAAGGCCAGAGCGGUAGGUCAAUAUUGAAAAAUUCCCACAUGGCAACAUGCAGACCUAGGUGGGCGAGCAAUGCGGCGGGAAGAACUAUAGCGGCCCGACGGAGUGUGAGAGCGGCUAUAAGUGCAAGAGGAUCAGCCUUAGCAUUAGCCGCUGCCUGAAGUAGUUGCAUUUGGUGGUUGGCGACGUGGGAACUCCUUUUGCUUACGCAACUUUCUCCUUGUAUAUACUUGAAUCUAUUCUUUGACGAUCUCUA